UCACUUCUGUCUUUGGAUAUAUGCAGCCGGUGGAGAGGAUCAGACACAACACGUGAAAAAAGGCCUGCUUCUUUCCUUUGAUUUCUCUCAACCAACUUGUAUCUGUUUGACAUGUAGAAGCUGGAAGAAAGGAAAAUUUUCCAAGAUCAAUAAUGUACUGCUUGGACUGUUUACUCUACCUGGGAGUGCUGGUACUGGUGGUGUCUGGCAACAAAAUACUAGACGACUGUUUGUACUCAAAUCAUAAAUACAAAAUGAACGUAGUGCUGCUGGAGGACAACACCUACGAGUGGAGUCGGCCGUUUGUGCAGAGAGCCGUGGAGCAAGCUAUAGAGAAGGACAGGCAGGAGAACAUCAACAAUGGCCUAGACUACAAUCUGACAGCUAACUACAACGGGUUCAACACGACCGUGUACAACAGGCAGGGCUGCGGGAGCAGCACCUGUGAAGGAGUGGCAAUCCUCAAGGCAUUGGAUCGCAUGGGUGAAGUCGGAUGCGUUAUGCUAGGACCUUCAUGUACUUAUGCCACCUUCCAAUUAGUGGAUGAUGAGAUCGGCUUAACUCUGAGUAUUCCCAUCAUCUCAGCUGGGAGUUUCGGCCUCUCAUGCGACUACAAACCCAAACUGACUCGUCUUUUGCCUCCAGCUCGAAAAAUCAUUGAUUUAUUCCUGAACUUUAUGAAUGAGGACCUGGGGUUUAAGUCCAAAUGGAAGAAAUUUUAUGUGUACAAAGAAGGGAGCUCUGCACCUGAAGACUGCUUCUGGUACAUAAACGCACUGGAAGCUCCGUCUUCAAGGUUUGCCUCAAAUACAGAUAGGGUGAUGCUGCGGAACAUGGAUGAGCUAACAAAAGCACUGAAGGACUCAAAACGACACAGCAACAUUUUUAUUCUAUGUGGAGGCCCAAAGGACAUUGAAACAAUGAAAAAAAACGUAAAAGGCGAGGUUCACCCAGACACCUUGUUCCUUCUUCUUGAUGUUUACAACCCUGCAUAUUAUGUCAAUGAAACAUCCCCUCCCUGGAUGCGUGAUGUCCUUGUAGUUACUCUGCCACAAAGGAACUACGCCUAUAGAUCAAACUCAUCAUACAACGACACGAUAAAUGACUACGUGGCUGGAUAUCAUGAUGGAGCUCUGCUCUUGGGCAAAGUUCUGAGAGAAAGGAUGCUUGAUAAUCGACUUAGUAAGGCCUCUGUAAAUGUGCCACUGAGUUAUAACCCUUUUGGAAAUGUCACUUUUGAAGGUAUGGGAGGAACGUAUGUUCUUGAUGAGUAUGGGGACAGAGAUGUGAACUUCACUUUCAUUUACACAACAAAAGACACUUUGAAGUAUGAAGUUCUGCUAGUGUUUGAUACAACACAGAAUAAAACCAUUGACACGCACCCAAACCCUGCACUGGGCUGGACUGGGAAACUCCCGAGCGAUGAACCUCAUAAUUCAAAUGACUUGGAUACCCAGGAUGUGAUUGUGAUUGUUCUGGCUGUUAGUGUCGUGGUGGUGACAGCCAUCGCCCUCAUCUUCUACAGACAGAACAGGAAGGAGCGUCUAAUGCAGAGGAAGUGGUCCCACAUCGAUGCACACCUGAUUGGACCUCUUGAUGAGAAAGAGGUCUCUCUGAAGAUCGAUGACGAUAAGAGGAAGGAUAGCACAUACUUCAGACAGCGAGGCUGCUACGACAAGAAGCCUGUGAUCCUGAAAGAGCUGAAACAUGCAGAUGGGGAUUUCACAAAGGAACAGAAAAUUGAGCUCAACACUCUGCUGCGGAUUGAUUACUACAAUCUAACCAAAUUUUACGGCACUGUGAAGUUUGAGUACGGGCUCUUUGGGGUGUUUGAGCUGUGCCAGAGGGGGUCCCUCAGGUACAUUCUCAGUGACAGGAUUUCCUACCCAGAUGAAACCUUCUUGGAUAUGGAGUUUAAGAUAUCAGUCAUGUACGACAUAGCAAAGGGCAUGUCGUAUCUCCACUCCAGUAAUAUUGCAGUCCACGGUCGCCUCAAGUCCACCAACUGUGUGGUCGAUAACCGCAUGGUGGUCAAGAUCACAGACUUUGGCUGCCACUCCAUUCUAAUGCCAGGCAGAGAUCUGUGGACAGCUCCGGAACAUCUCCGUAAACAGGGUGUGUCACAGAAAGGUGACGUUUACAGCUACGGCAUCAUCGCACAUGAGAUCGUCCUGAGGCAGACCCCGUUCUAUACCAGGUGCUGCUCCAACACUGCAGAGAAAAUGCACAGAGUACAGUAUCCAAGAGGUAACUUCUUCUUCAGACCUGACCUCUGCUUUGAGGGUGCAUCUGACAGAGAAAUCGAGCUUUACACACUGAUAAAGAACUGCUGGGAUGAAGACCCUGAGCGAAGGCCAGAUUUCAAGAAGAUAGAGUUAACGCUUGGAAAGAUUUUCAGUAAUUUGCACAAUCAAGUUACUGAAACAUACAUGGACAAUCUGAUCCGUCGUCUGCAGAUGUACUCCAGGACUUUGGAGUGUUUGGUUGAGGAGAGAACGGCUCUGUACAAAGCUGAGAGGGAUAGAGCGGAUCGCCUCAACUUCAUGCUGCUGCCUGGUCCUGUGGUGCGCUCCCUGAAGGAGACGGGCAGAGUGGAGCCCGAGCUGUUUGAGGAAGUGACCAUCUAUUUCAGUGACAUAGUGGGCUUCACCACCCUCUGCCACUACAGCACCCCCAUGGAGGUGGUAGACAUGCUGAAUGAGAUCUACAAGAACUUUGAUAGCAUUCUGGAUCACCACGAUGUAUACAAGGUUGAGACCAUAGGGGACGCCUACAUGGUUGCAUCAGGGUUGCCGAACCGAAAUGGAAACAGGCACGCAGUAGACAUCGCUCACAUGGCCCUAGACAUCCUGUCAUUUGUGGGGACUUUUGAGCUCCAGCAUCUGCCAGGGAUUCCUCUGUGGAUCCGCAUCGGAGUACAUUCAGGUCCUUGUGCGGCCGGAGUGGUUGGAAAUAAGAUGCCUCGCUACUGUCUGUUUGGAGACACGGUAAACACGGCUUCUCGCAUGGAGUCUACAGGCCUGCCUCUGAGGAUUCAUGUGAGCCAGCCUACAAUCAACAUCCUGCAGAGGACAGACUGCAAGUUUGAGUAUGAAAAAAGAGGCGAGACAUAUCUGAAGGGAAAAGGCAAAGAGAUGACCUACUGGUUAACUGGUGUGACAGGAGGAAAACACAACCUUCCCGUCCCACCAACAGCGGAGAAUUUCCAGCGGCUUCAACAGGAACUGGCAGACAUGAUCGUAUCCAGUCUGGAGAAACACCGAGCUGGAAAAGAGGGCUUUGAAAAGAGGAAGACGUUGUCCACCAGAGUCCGUUGGAGAGACACUAAUGGCAGCCUGCCGAAGGACAGCCCACCGGAGUACUUCCACCUGGCUGUCACCGACAAUCCCGGCACGUUCCUGUAACAGCAGCACUUGAAAGACUUUAAGGACACUGUUAGGGAGUAGCUCCACUCUAACACUGUUAGGGUUCAUGGUGAGAUAAUCUCUUCAUCAUUUGGGUGCUCUUUCUCACCAGGUUACUUUCCCCCACGGUUUGAUUUGGUUAGAAGAGCAUCAGCUUCACCUUUUUCUUGUAAGAUCCUCCAAGCUGGGGGAAAUAUUUCACUCCAAAGACGCAUUUGUAGAAUACGGUUAACUAUUUUUUCUGGAUUGUGCCAAUGCUUAGCAUGCAAUUCAUGUUGUAAUUAUUCUUGAGCUUCAAGUAAUCAGAGAAACUGAAGUCACUUUUCUGCAAAGAAAUGUGGGAAAAGUGAAGACAGAGAAUGUAUUUUUAUGUUUACUUUUAAUAUGUAAUUCCUUUAUGUUGCUUAGAGGAAACUCAUUCAUUGCAAAGUGUGACACAUUAUUUACCAUGUAAAUAACCUUUAUUUGCAGUGAAUGAGAGGAACUACAUUUUCAUGUUAAUUUAAAAGCUAAACUUACAGCGGGCACAGUUCCAGUCGGAUGUUUACCUAGUCUUCAUUUUCAUGAAUGUAUUUUUUUUGUAACCCCCCACAAAGCUUUUGGCAUAACUCUAAAGUAUGCUGAAUAUUCGACCACUCCUUUCAGCAGAAUAUGCAGAUUACAGUUUAACUGGUUGAUUUUUGGCUCUGAUAACCAGUGGUGUAGCUGUUUAUGCCCCAAGAAUAUGUUAAGGUGGUCCUACCGUACAUCUUUCAUUAUUGCAUGUAGGGCUGGGUAAUUAAUUGCAUUUAAAAUACAAUUGCAUUUUAGAAAAAUGCAACUUUCAAAUCGCUGAGACACUCAGGUUUGAUCAAGAAACAAUUUUUUUUCUCGCUUUAGCUAUUUUAGUGACGGUAAUAGGUUUAAAGUGGGUUUGCUUCCAUGAAAAAGAAAAGAAACUUCCAGCUAGCACAUAGAGAUCUAAGCAUGCAAAUAGAAGUAAGCACAUUUGCAAAAUUGACAGCAAUGUACUCUGGACAAGCAAGCUAGUAAUGGCAAAACCAUUCAGCUCUGAUUGCAUGGACUAAGUGUCAAAAACAGUCCCAUGGCAUAACGCUGCCACCACCAUUCUUGACAGUAGGAAUAGUGUUUCAAAGCAUCACUGGAAUCUCCUAAAUAUAUUCCUUCUCAUGGAGAUCAAAUAGGUCAAUGUCUGCCUCAUCUAACCAUAAAGCUUUCUUUCUGGAGGGUUUUGGCUUUUCAACAUUUGCAUGUGGAAACCUUACAGGUAGAAAGAGUCAAUCUUGGAGCACAUUCUGGUGGUUGUCCCCUCAGUCUAUUGAUGUUAGUUUGUUUCUUUGUGGACAGGCACACAUGUCUUCAAACAGUUUGCAACUCAUAGCAAGCCUAAAGGUUAUUGGUUUGUUGUCACCGUUCUUUAAUAUGGAAGCAGCAAUUUAAAUAUUUUCCUAUCCAUCCUCAACCCCUUGAUGCCUAUUGUUGCAAAUAUGCGACCAACCGUAUGUAUCACUCAUACAGCCAAAAUAGCCAGUGCAUUCUGCCGUUAGGAGUUAUCUCACAUCAGUGUGGGCCUAGGAACCUUUGGAAAGCACUUGUUUCUGGUGUGACUGGUCCCUGAAGCUGUAUGUUGACCUUGACAGUUAUAACGGCUGCCAGAUGUUUGCAAUAUACCAUAUAUCCAUUUCUUUCUGCACAGUAGUCAAAGUCACCAGCUCACGUUGGCAACUAAAAGCAAAAAAAGGUUAUAUCUGCAUGCAUAUAAAUUUGGACAUUAAGAGGUUAAAAGCUGGUUCAGUUUAACCAAACAAACCAAUUUUACUGAACUCUGUCAUUUCUGCCAAGAGAAGUGGUUGAAUAAUCAGCCAGAGUUAUAUUAGUAGCUUAAUGAUGGCUCUAAAACAUAUGUUGCAAUGGUGCAGCUAUCUGAGGGUAAUUUAUUCAAAUAUUAGUGAGGGUCUAUAUAUAUUUGAGCCUAAAUGUGUAAUUUUGACAAUGUGUGGAUUAGAGAAAAUUCAUACCAGAAAUAAUAAACUUUAUCAGUUGCUUCAAAAAUGAAGGCAUCCAGUUUCAAUUUUCCAAUCUAUGAAAGCAUCGCAGAAACAACCAACAUCACCAUGACAACCAUGAGGAGGGCACGAAAAUGUCUGCUUUAAUCUAUAAAU